UGUAAAGCAACGUUUACAAUGUUACAUAUGUUGAUUUUGUUUUGCAAACGAAAUACAAUUUCGUAGACAUAGGCAUAAACAGUGUACUGAGAAACUGAGAAAUGUAUUUCUUUUUCGCAAUGAUAUGGUGUUUAUUAGGAUUUCUGCCGGGCUACCUGGCAUCGAGCUGUUACAAUCCACCUUCAGAUUUGUGUAACAAUAAUUUGAUUGAAAUACCGGACUUACAAUCUAGAGAUCCAUCAAUUCUUUACACAAACACAUUAUCUCACUGGAAGUAUUGUGACGUGUAUGCGAUUGACACAAAUAAAUGGUACAAAAGUGACAGCCCCAUGACCUCACAAUGUCCGUCAAUGUACAUGUGCGGAACAAAGUACCCCAUUUGGAUGAAUGGUCAGAACCCAAGGCAAGAAGAAGGAUUGGUAAACAGGACCUCUUGCCUAAGAGACUUUGACACCUGUUGUCUUCGUACCUACAGACUGUCCGCUAUCAACUGUGGACAGUUCAUGGCCUACUGUUUCGUCGAUUUACCAUCAAGUUGUCGCCAGAGAUAUUGUUUUGAUAGAGUACAAUAUUAGCAUAAAGGAAUAAAUAUACUUAAAGAAAAGUACAUAAAAACUUAAUUGGUUCUAAAUACAAUGAACUGAAAAUAUUACGUCAUUUGUUAUCUGUAUUCAUGGCCGCAUAUAUUUAAUUGCAUAAAAGAAUGAAUAAACUAUGUAUUGGAAGCUGCGUUCCCUGCGUUCCCAUUAACUGUUCAAAUAAAGUUGGCAAAGUAGUGUCUUAAAAAACUUACAAUUUUUAUUGACACAAUAUUGUGACCAAAAAUAUACCGGUAGUGUGUAGUAUUUUGAACAUAUCUACUUUGUGUGAAGCCAAAACAUGUUUAUUUAUUAACAAAGAGACUGUGUAGCAAUUAUCAAUAUUUUCUGAUAUCAAAUUUGAGAAAAGUAUAUCUUUUAGUUAUAAAUAAUAGGAUUGAUAAAAUAAUUAUAGAUAUUAAUAUUCUGACAGAAUUUAUUAAGUAUAAGGAAAAAAGAAAAUUGAUAAAUACAUAAACAUCUUAACAGAAGAAAUUGUAAAUAUUCUUACUUUGAUUAAUAUAAAGAUUUUCAAAUUUC